AUGGUCAGCCGACUUGAUCAGAGUGGAGCGGAGGGUCCAAGAAGGAAAACACCCCACACCAUGGUGCAGAGGCUCCUGAGCUGGGUGCUGCCAGCCCCCUGUAGCCGAUUCCUGCAGCGCCAGCCAGGUGAAUUUCCUGUUACCGCCGUCCUGCUUGGGGCAGGCACUGGGGGCCUCCUUGCCAUAGGGCUCUUUCAGCUCCUGGUGAACCCCAUGAACAUCUACGAAGAGCAGAAGCUGGUGGUGUUAUACGGCUUGGUGGGCUUGGGGGCCGUGGGCUGGGGGACCUCCCCUCACAUCCGCUGUGCCAGCCUCCUAAUACUACCCAAGAUGCUGGGCAAAGAGGGCCGGCUCUUUGUGCUGGGAUACGCCUUGGCGGCCAUCUACGAGGGGCCAGUGGCCAACCUGCGUUACAACCUCAAUGAGGUGAUAGCAUCGCUGGGCUGUACCGUGGAGCUGCAGAUCAACAACACCAAAGCGGCCUGGCGCACCUCCACCGCUCCCCUGCGGGCAGUGUUCAAGGACCUGCUGGGCAGCAAAGACUCUCUGAAAGCGGAGACUGUCAACAUCUCCAACUCCUUUGAGGACCUCGACACUCAGGUCCUGAGUGAGGCUGGCUUCAAUCCGGAGGAUGCCGCGGGCUCAGAGGAGACGGCCAUGCCCAGACAGGCUCGCCGGGGCCCGGGCUCCGGCAAACCCCUCUCCUCCCAGAAGAUGUUUGAGCUGAAGACCAAGCUGCGCUGCUCUUACGUGGUGAACAAGGCCAUGUUCAGCUGCCAGCGCUGGUUUGACCGGAAGCACCAACAGUGCCUGCAACGUGUCUGGGCCCCGCUCUUCAACCAUCUGCUCUGCCUGCCUAUGAAGUUCAAGUUCCUGUGUGGCAUCACCAAGGUGAUGGAACUCUGGUGCCGAAAUCGCAUCCCUGUGGAAGGCAACUUUGGGCAGACGUACGACACGCUCAACCAGUCUGUUCAUAGUCUGACAAGGGAAUUUUCUGCCAGUAUUCACCUAAAAGAGCAGCGGCGCGCUGGCGUGCUGGGCCUCAACACCAGCUGGAAGCACGUGAGCACGGAGGCUCGGGACUACGUGCGUGCGCAGGAGGCCCAGCUGGAGUGGACCCUGGGGCUGCUGCAGGUGCUGCUGUCCUGCACCUUCCUGCUGGUCCUACACGCGUCCUUCUCCUACACGGAUAAGUAUAACAAGGACAUCCGCUUUGAUAAUAUCUACAUCAGCACGUACUUCUGUCAGAUCGAUGCACGCAGGCAGAAGCUGGGCAAACGGACGCUGCUGCCGCUUCGCAACGCUGAGAAGAAGGCGGUCAUCUUCCCCUGCAAGCCCACCAUCCAGACCUCUGAGAUGAAGAAUGUGGUCAGGGAGCUCCUGGAGUCGGUGCCGGUUCUGCUGCUGCUGCUGCUGCUGUGUGGGCUGGACUGGGCUCUCUACUCCAUCUUUGACACCAUCCGCCACCACUCCUUCCUACAGUACUCCUUCCGCAGCAGCCAUAAACUGCAGGUGAGAGUGGAAGGGAACUCCAUGCUCGCCCGCCUCCUCCGGAAAACCAUCGGGGCCCUCAACACCUCCUCGGAGACGGCCGUGGAAACCAACAAUCUGCCCUGCCUGCCCCAGCCAGAGAGCCUGGAUGCCAAGGCCUACCUCAGGGCUGCACUCCCUACAGGCCUGUUGGUGUGUCUCUGCCUACUCCAGGCCUUUGGCUACCGGCUCCGAAGGGUCAUUGCGGCCUUCUACUUUCCCAAGAGAGAGAAGCAGCGGAUCUUGUUCUUCUACAAUGACCUGCUGAGGAAGAGAGCGGCCUUCACCAAGCUGAGGAGGGCCGCCAUUGUGCGGCGAGCCCGACAGCAGAGGACUCCGCGCCACCACCUGGUGGACACCUUGCACCGCCGCUGCCCGCUCCUGCGCCGCUGGCUGCGCCGCCGCUGCGUGGUGUGCACCGCACCUGAGACGGCCGAGUCCUACGUGUGCCCGACGUCGGGCUGCGCGGCCGUGUACUGCCGGUCGUGCUGGGUGGACAUGCGGCAGCGAUGCCCGGUCUGCACACCCCGCGAGGAGCUCUCCUCCUCCGACUUCGGCGACAGUGACGACGACGCCGCCUACGCGGAGUGAAGGGCACCUCGCCCACUCCCCGAGCUCGCCCCUGGCUGUGGAAUAAAAUGCCUCGCACGCUCCUCCGGGUGCC